UCAGGUAUCAAAAAUGUUGUGUCUCUGUUUACUGCUGUGCUGACUGAUCACAAAGUUCUUUUCCUCUCUCAAAGUUACACACGUCUUACUGAUGCCUGCCAUGGACUAACUGCUCUUUUAUAUCCCCUACGCUACAGUUAUGUUUACAUACCUAUUCUCCCUAUCUCAUUACUGGAGGUCCUCAACACUCCAACACCAUUUCUUGCUGGUAUUCAUUCCUCAAUAUGCCCAGAACGUUCUGAUUUGCUUGAUGUGAUAGUUGCUGAUCUGGAUGGUGGGAAUAUCAUUAUUCCUGAAUGUAUCAACCUUCCCUGUAUGAUGGAUCAACUCUUCAACAGAACAAUGAAGGCAUUGACAGUGAUUAUCAAACCAGAACUACUCACAGCAGAUGAUGCCUUCCCAGCACCACCUAAAAAGCCAAAACCCAUGGACAGAAAGGAUAAAGAAAUCCGUGCUGUUUUCAUCCGUCUGUUUGCUGAGUUGUUCACUGGAUAUCGUUCCUGCCUCACAUUGAUUCGUAUCCAUCCAGAACCAUUUAUAACUUUCCAUAAAGCCUAUUUUCUUGGACAGCGAGCAAUGGUUGAUGAUGAAUUUGCUUGCCGCGUCCUGGAUUGUAUGAGUUUCAGUACAUUUGUGGCUGAACGUGGUCCUCCUUACAGAGUCUGUGAUAUAUUUGAUGAGGUUUAUGCGACAAUGCAGGACCAAUUAAAGGAAGAACGUUCAAGCACAAAUGAUGAGAAAAUGAUGGCGCAUAUUAAGGAAAUCGCUCAACAAUUAUACCUGAAUGAAAACCCUAACUCGCAGCCAUACGUGCCUAAAUUUCCCAAACCAACAGAAGGUGCCUAUUCACGGAUACACCAAAUGCCCUUUCCAAAGCUAGAUGGUUCCAUCAUUCUGAAUAUAAUUCAAGAAGGAGUGGCUAAGCACAAUCUUAAUAACAAGUUAUUAAAUGUGCGACCACAUCAACCUAGAAUAGUGCCAAUGGGUCCUCCAAUAUCUUCAGUGGUGGAUAAACAGAAAGUGGUUGACAACAAUGCUCGUCGACUGGAAGUCUUAAGGAACUGCAUCAAUUUUAUAUUUGAAAAUAAGAUCUCAGAUGCAAGAAAGAUUUUCCCAGCUGUCCUGCGUGCUUUGAAUAAUAAAGUGGCUCGACUUGCUUUGACCCAAGAACUUAGUUACCAUAUUCAGAGCAACAGAGCAAUGCUGGAACACCAGCAGUUUGAUUUAGUAGUGCGACUUCUCAACUGUGCAUUACAGAAUGAUUCCAGCAUGGAUGAAAAUGGAGUUGCAUAUGCUAUUCUACCUCUUGCAACCUCUUUCUGUCGAAAAUUGUGCACUGGUGUAAUACAGUUUGCAUACACAUGUGUACAAGAACAUGCAGUGUGGAGAAACAAUCAGUUCUGGGAAGCUUCAUUUUAUCUUGAUGUCCAAAAAGAAAUUCGUCAACUCUAUUUGCCUCACUAUGAAGAACAUUUUGUUGCUGAAAACACACGGGAAGAGGCAAAGAAUUCAAGUUAUGGCCGAGAUUCGAGUUUAGACCCUUCAAGGAGCAAAUCAUGCACACCAGAUACACAUCGGCGUUCAGCCCCGAGUCUUUUUCGACCAAAAGAAAUUGGUGCUCUUGAUAUUGCAGCUGAGCAGCUAAGAAUUUGGCCAAAUCUUAGCAAAGAACAACAGGAAGAAAUGGUGAACAAUGAAGAGUCCACUGUCUAUAGCCAGGCCAUUCAUUACGCCAACCGAAUGGUCUAUAUGAUGAUUCCCCUUGAUGUCAAUCGAAGAGACAAAAACACUGUUGGCUUUGAUGAGAAAUGUGCUAGCAACAGCAAUAUAACUGCAAGCCUUGCCGAAAGUGAUAGUCUUGAUGCUGAAAGUGGAUUUGACGAGAGUGAAGCCUCUGAUGUUGGUGCCAAUGCCAUUCGUUUUGUAACUCGAUUUGUUGACAAAGUGUGCAGUGAAAGCAGUGUAACACAAGAACACCUUAAAUCACUUCAUCAGAUGAUUCCAGGUGUGGUUGCCAUGCACAUUGAAACACUGGAGUCAAUUCAUAGAGAAAGCAAGCGCCUUCCCCCUAUUCAGAAGCCUAAAAUCCUGGAACCAACAAUUCUCCCUGGAGAAGAAAUUGUUAUGGAAGGUUUACGUGUAUAUCUGUUACCUGAUGGGCGUGAGGAAGGUGUUGGUGGUUCAUUAGGAGGUCCCUGUUUAUUACCUGCUGAAGGAGCUAUAUUUCUGACCACAUACAGGAUCAUUUUUAAAGGAAUCCCUUGUGAUCCUCUAGCCUGUGAGCAGAUAGUUGUGCGAUGUUUCCCUGUUUCUACACUCACCCGGGAGAAACGUAUCAGUGUUCAAUAUUUACAACAUCUUGAUCAGUGGUUGCAUGAAGGUUUGCAGUUACGUUCCAACAUCUUUCAGUUAAUGAAGAUUGUCUUUGAUGAGGAAGUUAGCUCUGAUGAUGUGGAGACUCUCCGUAAACUGUUGCAUAAGAUGCGCAAUCCUGCAAGAGUGUUUGACACUUUCACUUUUAACCAACAUCCUUACUCAAGUACUUUACAGCCAACACCACUGCACAAAUCUAAAGAAAAAAGUUCCACUCUGAAGGCAGAAGUUAUGGAAAACAGUAGUGUUGAUUUCAGACAGCUUGCCAAGAAAACAUUGAUGAAGACAGUGCGUCGGGCAGGCUUGAAACCUAAACAAUCAUCACGGAAACAGAAGUACAUGUUACCGACACCACCAACUUCACGACGGACUCUUUCUCCUCGGUCGUCAGAUAGUGAAUCAGAAAGGCCCAGUAGUGAAAUUUAUGAUGAGCUCUCUAGUACCAAUUAUAGUGACGGCUCACCAUCUGUUAUAGAUGAGGCUGAAUACUCAAUGCAAUGGUCUGCUGAUGCUAAGAGCUUAGAAAAACUUAUGGAACGCCCUGGUUAUCAAGAUUAUGUGAGGCUUGGUAUUGGCAGUCUUCCAAACUCUGGUUCAAGAACACGAAAUGACCAAUUCCGAAUAACUGAUGUCAAUUCCAACUACUCUGUUUGUCGAAGUUAUCCUGCUCUCCUAAUUGUUCCACAUUCAGUCACUGAUGAAAGCAUACGUAAAUUUUCUCGUUGUUAUCGCCAAUCACGAUUUCCCAUCAUAACAUGGCGCCACUCACGAACCAAAGCCCUGUUAUUAAGAGGAAGUGGUUUCCACUCCAGAAGCCUUAUGGGAAUGCUUCGACAUCAUAACACAGUGACAGGUACCUCGAGUGGUGAGACAUCAUCCAGCAUUGAACAGGAGAACUAUUUCCGAUCAUUAGUUGCUGUCACUCCGAAUAGUAUGCGAUCCUAUCAGUCUUCUUACAGUGAUUCUCUCACGAGUCUUGAUUCUCUCAUGAUGGUUGGUAGCAAUGAAUUAACAAUUCCUGAGACACCAGAACCACUUCGUAAAUCCACAUUCAACCGUACAGCAGGUCUAAGUAACACAAGAGCAAGUGGAGGUGCUAAAUCAAAAAUUCUCAGUUUUCCUCGGAGGAGGAGAAGAUCUGGCCACUGGCAAUGGGCACGUACUGCACACCACAUUUCCUUCAGGACAGCAUUGGGACGGAUUGGUAGUUUUCGAGAAAAACCCAAACUUCAAACAGGAAGCCUUGAAUCUAAUCGAACUUUACGUCAGAAUGGCAGCUUGGAUCCCAAGGGAGACAUUGUUAAUAGUUCUGUACAAGGAUUACAUAAAGUUUCUUUGCAUAUACUGGGUGAAAAAGCACAAAUGAAGGGCAUCAAAGUUGAUUCUUUUCGUCAGUGUGAUUUCAUUCCUGUCGAUUUCUUUGAAGUACGACAUAUCAAAGCAAGCUUCAAGAAGUUGAUGAAAGCUUGUGUUCCUAGUGCCCCACCGUCCAGUCCUGAGCACACUCUCUACAAAGGAGUUGAAGAUUCUGAGUGGCUUUUACAGGUACAAAAUGUGAUGCAGUUGGCUGGUGCUGUGGUUGAUCUCCUGGAUGUGCAGGGUUCUUCAGUGAUAAUUUGUCUAGAAGAUGGUUGGGAUGUAACUACUCAGAUUGUAAGUGUUGCUCAGAUAUUACUAGACCCAUAUUAUCGGACAUUGGAAGGUUUCAAGGCUCUUAUUGAGAAAGAAUGGUUGUCUUGUGGUCAUCGGUUUACUCACCGAAGUAACCAGACAGCAGCCAACCAAGCCAGUGGUUUUGCUGCUAUCUUCCUACAGUUCUUAGAUAUUGUACAUCAGAUUCACCGUCAAUUCCCACUGUCCUUUGAAUACAACCAAUAUUUCCUGAAAUUUAUGGCCUACCAUUAUGUAUCAAACCGUUUCCGAACAUUCAUGAUGGACACAGAAUUUGAGAGGAUGGAAGCUGGUUGGCUGUUGGAAGAAAAAAAGGCACCAAAAGUUGAUGGCCCUGAUGAAGAAUCUGGGUUCUCCCCUAAACAUUCUUCAACUCCUGUUAUUGGUUUAUCUAUCUGGGAUUACAUUGAGAAACAUCACCGACGCUCCACAGUUUUCUUUAAUUUCAUGUACAGUCCAUCAGAUUAUGAUGUGGUUUUGCGUCCCUAUUCAAACCUCCAAAAUUUGGUGAUCUGGAAUUAUUUCCUAAAUGAAGACCUUGCCCAUGGCCCAUCUUAUGAUAUUGAAAUCAUGGGACGAGAAAUGCGACCAAAUGACAAUGAGCAAGAUGCAGAUUUGAUUCCACACCGACGCCGUAAAAUUAUUAAUGGUUGCUAUGACAAUAUUUUAGUACAGGAGCCUAAUUUCUUCUCUUGGGAAUUUCAAGAAAUCCACCGACUAGAAACGGAACUUGGCCAUCUUCCACAGAAAUGGAAAGUUCUCUGGGAUAAAUUGGAACAACCAACCCGAGAAUCUUUACACAGGCAGACAUCUUUUAACACACAAUUGGUACGGUUGCAUGGAAGGUCAAUACACAAACGCUCAACACUUGAAAUACUGUUGAAGGGUAAACUGCUGGGAGAAACUGCCAAAAUGUUUAGUCAACAGCAUCGCUUUGAGAAGCAGUCCUACACAACACCAGCAUAUUGUGAUUACUGUUCUCAUGUUCUCUGGGGACUUGUAAAAACAGGGGAUGGGAAAUCUCUCUUUCCAGGCAUGCAUUGUGUCAACUGUGGUUACAACUGCCAUGAGAAAUGUAUGCCUCACGUACCAAAGAACUGUAAACGGUUAAAAGCUGUCCCUGAUACUAGUGCUAGUAGCUCAAGUAUUUCAAAGACUGGAGGCUCAGAAGCUAGUUCCGUAUCUGGAGGCACUGGAAGCUGCCAGAUGUAUGACCAUUUCUCAGGAGAACAUCGUACCCAUGAAGGAUACCUCUACAAGAGAGGCGCUCUCCUCAAAGGCUGGAAGCAGCGCUGGUUUGUACUUGACUCCAUGAAACAUCAGUUGCGUUACUAUGAUGCUAUGGAAGAUUCCAGUUGUAAGGGCUAUAUAGACCUGGGUGAAGUGGUCUCUGUUCAGCCUAUCAAAAAUGUCCAAGGUGCACCAAAGAAAUCUGAUGAAAAUGGCUGCUUUGAGCUGCGGACAAUGAGAAGAGUUUACAACUUCCUGGACACUGAUGCCAAGUCUGCUCAGGAAUGGAUUGAUAAAAUUCAGAGCUGCAUCCAAUAAAUUAUUCUGAAAUUGUGCAAUUCCAUUGCAGCUGCUGUUCUGUGACCAUUUUAACUGAAAGACAAUAUUGAUGGAAGAUAGACUGGAGACAGUGGUUUGCCACCAGCUUGGCCAUGCUUUAGCUAGCUAGAGGGAAGACAAGUUGGCUAAUUAAUAGCAUAGCUUCCUUGUUCCCUCUACAGUGUUAGCUACCCUUCUCUGUCUAUUUCAGAUCUCCUGGACACCAGUGGACCAAGAUUUUCUCAAUGCUACUGGUCAGGGGUUGAAGUUGGUAACUUUUCUCCACUUCAAAA